CUGCGGCUGGAGGAGCUCCGGUGCUGUGAGGGGAGGCGGAAGGCGACAGAAGGACGGCGCGGAGUCGGAGCCCGGACCCGCGCGUGGCGCCUGCUCCUCCGCCUCUCUCCCAUCUCCUUCUCUUCUUCCUCCUCCUCCUCCUCCUCCCAUCCCCGUCCCUCCCUCCCUUCUCCCUCCCCCGGAGCCAGCUCUAGACAAGGACGAUGCGGGGUGCCGCCGGGCCUCUCCCCGCGGCUCUCUUACUCCUCUUGGCUGCGGCGGGGAGCCUUUUUCCGACGCCGGCUGCCGCACAGAACGCUGGGUUUGUCAAGUCGCCCAUGUCAGAAACUAAACUCACGGGGGACGCCUUUGAGCUGUACUGUGACGUGGUUGGGAACCCCACUCCAGAGAUCCAGUGGUGGUAUGCUGAAGUCAACCGGGCUGAAUCUUUCAAACAGCUAUGGGAUGGUGCUCGAAAGCGCCGUGUCACCAUUAACACUGCCUACGGGGUGAACGGCGUGAGCGUGCUGAGAAUUACUCGCCUUACCUUGGAAGACUCUGGGACUUACGAGUGCAGGGCAAGCAACGAUCCCAGAAGGAAUGACCUGAGGCAAAAUCCUGCCAUAACGUGGAUACGGGCCCAGGCUACCAUAAGCGUCCUUCAGAAACCCAGAAUCAAUGCCAGUGAUGAGGUGGUCAUUCACUCAGCUUCUCCUAUCACACUACAGUGCAACCUCACAACCAGUCCCAGCCCCCUCAGUUACAGCUAUUGGAUGAAAAAUGGUGAAGAGAUCACGGGCACUAGAAAGACUACAGAGACUGCAGAGUACAAGAUCCAGAAGCCCAGAGCAGAGGAUUCUGGGGAGUAUUUGUGCGUGUUCAUGUUUACUGCCUCCCCUGUAGCAAAUGCUACUAUAGAAGUGAAAGCUGCUCCUGAUAUCACCGGCCAUAAACGAAGCGAGAACAAGAAUGAAGGGCAGGAAGCGCUGAUGUAUUGCAAGUCUGUAGGCUUCCCACACCCAGAUUGGACAUGGCGUAAGAAAGUCAAUGGGGUGUUUUUGGAACUUGGCAAUAGCUCCGGCCGCUUCUUUGUGACCAAUAAAGAGAACUACACUGAACUGACCAUAGUGAACCUCCAGAUCACGGAGGACCCUGGCGAGUACGAGUGCAAUGCAACCAGUCCGAUUGGCACCGCUGCUGAAAUCACCAUCUUGCGUGUCCGCAGCCACUUGGCUCCUUUGUGGCCCUUCCUGGGGAUUCUGGCAGAGAUAAUCAUACUUGUUGUUAUCAUUGUGGUUUAUGAGAAGAGAAAGCGGCCAGACGAGGUUCCUGACGAUGAUGAACCAGCUGGACCAAUGAAAACCAACUCCACAAACAACCAUAAAGACAAAAAUCUACGCCAGAGAAACACAAAUUAAAAGUAAUGCUUAUAGCUUUAAGUUUGAAAGACUGAUGGCAAUAUCACCUGCUAAAUUGAAUCCUUGAAACAGUUGGUUUUCAGUUCUGAUGUGUUUUUUUUAAUUUCAAGUGAGCAACUCUGUCUAAAGCAUGCCUUAUUUAGCCUCUCCCGUAAGGACAACCUAGCCGAUACAUUUAAUAAUGCUUCAUUAUAGAGGGUGUAAAUGGGCUUGAUGUGCUGUGAACGUUGCUUUUUUCUUUUUCCUCGAGAUAUUAAGUAUUACAAGUAAAAGUCAAAUCAUGCAUGCAGCAUUUUUUUACUUAAUGUAGCUGUUAAAUUAGCAACACUAAUGCACUGCUGCCAUCUAGUGAUAACUUUUGUAAAGUACAGCAAAACCUAAAAUAUAUACAGUAUAUAUUUAUAUUCUUGGGAGGGGAAACCAAACCAACCAGUAAAUGUUUGAUUUUCAAGCUGCUAAAUUCAUUCCUUAUAUUGUAUGUCUGAGAGAUGAAAUAAUUAUGUUCAGUACUUAAGAGGAGUAAUAUAAAUUGAAUUAUCCUAAGGGCUUAACCUAUGUAGAAAGACUUUGAUGUCCUACAAUUGGACAUCUGGAAUGGGACAAUAGAUGAAGUUAAGCUGAAGUAAAAAUCUGUAGUUUAUAAAUAUUAUGACUUUUUUUGUUGUUGAAUCAUGUACAUUUCUCAAAUCCUUUUGCACUGAUGUGUUCUUGUACAUUCAAUUCAGGCCGAAUUUUAUAUAAUUUACUUUUUGUUUUAAUUAAAUGAUGAAAUGUUACAGCAUGGUGAUAUUCUAUGCAAACGGUUUGUUUCAGUUUGACAAUUUUUCCAUGUUGAUGUAGAAUCACAGACACAACGCAGUUCUUCUACUGUGCAUACCUGUAGAUGCAUGAGGUGUGUGUACUUGUAGUGCAAUGAUGUAUAAAAAGUGGAUUCACCUGUUUUUAAAAAUAAAACACUGAGAAGA